AUGAAGUCAUACCAUAUAUUCUUCUUUCUAGUUGCGGCUCGAUCAGUGGUAGCGGCAGACUCCACGACCUGUUAUUACCCAGAUGGAGUCACGACCGAGCCAAAUCAUGUUCCCUGCAAUACGACCCUAUCAACAUCAGCAUGUUGCGAUCCGUUAGAUUCUUGUACCACUAGUGGUUUAUGUUUAGGACGGACUGGCUUCAACUACAGAGGUUCAUGCACAGACAAGACCUGGACGUCUGAUAACUGUGCAUCAGGAUGUCAUUCAGAUCCCUUUACCAAAGAUGCCUAUGAUACAUUCACGCCACUCUGGUCUUGCGAUGUAGCUGGAGCAUUCCAGGCAGAUUACUGCUGUAACAGCCCCAAUAGGAACUGCUGUACGAUUGCGACUUUUGCCUAUGGAACAACGGGCGAAGCUUUCAGACCUGGGAUGGAUCAGAUGUUGUUGACGCUGGCUAGCAUCAAUGCUUCUGCGCCUGUCACCGUCACAGUGACAGCUACCGCCGGCCUUGCAAGUCAAACUGGCUCUUCCAACGGCUCCUCCAGCUCGUCCUCGAAUAUCGGCACGGCAGUUGGAGCUGGGGUCGGCGUGCCACUGGGAAUACUGGCGGUGGGAAUCUUGGGCUUUCUGUUCUACAGAGAAAGACGGCACUCUCAGCAGGCCGGGUCCAGGUCUAAUAUCAUGGAGAUGGAUCCUUCGAAGACGUACUAUCAACAGCCACCACCACCCCCACCACCCCCUCCACCCCAGCCACCAUAUGUACCUUUUGUUGAGGCUCAAGGACAGUCUCCUAUCUCCCAAUCUGUGACGUUGGCGCCACAGAGCAGACGAAUGUCGACGCAGAAAUCGCCAGCAUUCGAAAGCAGACCUUCCGAUGUGCAUGAAUUGAUAUAG